CACUCGAAGAGUUUGCGCUCCCGUCAGGCUCGCGCACUGGAAAAAUGACCAUCACAAACAAAUAAAAGGCGGAUAAUGGAGAUGAUUUAACUCAAAAGCCAACAUUAAAUGGAGUAAAGCGGACGCCUUCGUCUCCUCUUUCAUCCCCGCGGAUAGCAAAGAUGAAGUGUUCCCUCAGUUUCCACGCACCUUUGGAUGCCACGCGCUCCUGUUAUCUCUUAAAGUAGCGAGUUUACCUUGACAGAAAGCAGGUGGGACUCCACUCACAGGAGAGUUUUGUCGGACAUGGCACCGAGUCUUUGCUGUUUUGGAUAAGGUACCAGGGAGCCGCGUCUUUUUGAACGGAAAGCCUGUAGAGGGAGACCGACGAGAUGCGCUCCGACCACAGCUUCAUUCUGCUGCUCCUCAACGGGACAGCGUGCUUGCUGGCUCUAGGACAGGAAGAUACCCACUCCUCUUCCUAUCCCUCAUCUGCAUCAAAGUCCUCCUCCUCUUCAGACUCCUCCAAAACUCUAGGGGUUUUGGGAACUCAGGGUUCUAUUUCCCCCCUGAGCCGCUGGGUAAUGCACAGCCGCGGCCGUGCCGCCAACACUUCGACGAUGGAGCUGCCCUACCGCUCACCUGUUCCCUUUUCCAAACAGGAAUUCUGGGAAAUGUUGGGCAGCGACCUCCUUAAACCGGACGCGGACAUGUCGGGGAGCUCCCGCGUCAAGCGCCGCCCCCCGAUCGUCAAAACGGGCAAAUUUAAAAAGAUGUUCGGAUGGGGCGACUUCUACUCAAACAUCAAGACUGUGCGCCUCAAUCUGCUCAUCACGGGUAAAAUCGUGGAUCACGGGAACGGAACCUUCAGCGUGUACUUCCGUCACAAUUCCACCGGCCAGGGGAACAUCUCGGUCAGCCUGGUGCCACCGGUGAAGGCAGUGGAGUUUGACUUAGAGCGCCAGAGCGUUGUCUACCCUAAAGACUCCAAGAUCUUCAACUGCCGUGUAGAUUACGAGAAGGUAGACCGCAGCAAACGCACCUCGCUCUGCAAUUACGACCCCUCCAAGACCUGCUUCCAGGAGCAGACACAAAGUCACGUGUCCUGGAUCUGUUCCAAACCCUUUAAGGUCAUUUGCAUCUACAUUUCAUUCUACAGCACAGACUACCGGUUGGUGCAGAAAGUCUGCCCAGAUUAUAACUACCACAACGAAAUGCCCUACCUACCCUCAGGGUAGAGCUGUGGGGGCGUUGAGGAGUUGAGGAGGGCUGGUCUGGGGAAAGGGGUUAGCAUAUAAAUGAACAGUUUCAUUAUUGACAAAAGAAGAGAUGGGAUGCUGACCUAUGGGACAUAUUUAAACAAUAUUAAAUGAAAAGACUUGAGCUGUCAUGGAAACGCCCCCUAAUGACACGAACCUUCUCUGUGACCUGUAGUUAUCACAGGUGGUUCUAUAAAGGUGAAUGUACAGUGUUGGAUGUGCUGCAGUCAACGUUUCGAAGAACCUCUUAACCUGGCAAAUGUGACCUGCAAAAACACAUAUAUGCAAAACCAAAUUGUCAGGCCCAGUUGAACAGUGUUUGCAGCUCAGGGUGGGAGGGGCCUCUACGUCAGCAUGACUCUGUGAUUGGCUGCCCUCAUCAGUGCUCAGUGUUAUAGACUUCUUAUAAAUACAAACAUUCACACCCCUUAGAUGAUGAAAAACAUACAUGCUGGUUAUCAUAGUCAACUAUGCAGUGGUGGAAGAUGUUAUCAUUUUUUUUGCAGUAAGAAUCGGAUAAGAUAUCACCACACAUACAAUACACCGCAUUGACACCGCUUUCCACCUUUAUAUAUAAAAAACAGAAAAUAAUGACAUGGAAAAUGAGGUAGAAAGAAAGACCUUUGUGGUAGUGCUGCAGAGGCAGAAUGCAAAAGUGCAAGAGCGAAAUGACCAGAUAUGAAAAUAAGAUAUGAGCCUCCCUUAUAUCAUUGAGAAAGCGAGAGAAAACAGGCAGGGCAGAAAGCACUUUAAUUAAAAAACUGUACAGAGAAGAAGAGAUGUCGAGUCUGCAUUGAGCCAAUCUCUCCAUUGUUUCCACUGUUACGAAAGCGCAGAAAAGAAGUUUUGUUUACUCAGGAUUCGUGACUUAGCUGAACGCAGGUUUGCUUCGUCCUUGUCUGAAUGUUUCCUCGCAGUCAGCCAGUUUAUCUGUGACAAAAGAGAAUUACUGUUCUGUUAAUUUUGCAUAAUUUAAUCACAUUGCAUUCUGAGAUUAACCUGCUUCAGGUGAUCUCUAGAUCUAGGCUUUUACUUUAACCUUCAAUGAGAAUACAGCAAAAAUACAAUAACUACAAUGAAAUAUUAUUUAAUUUCUGAGACCAAAUGUUUAAUAAAAAAGCAAAUAACUCAAAACGGGAAAACAGAACAUGUAAACUGAAGUUGUCAGGUGGCAACUGGGACAAAAGGAACAGAAAGAAUGGAAUGAUGGGAGGUAAAAGACUGCAGUGGGUGUUAUGACAUCUACAGUGACAAGCAGGUGGGCAUGACAAAAUGGAAGAGAAUAUGAAAAAGAAAUAGGUGACGCACACAAGAUAACAUAUAACAAAACACAGAUGAGAAAGGGAAAGAAUGAAUGUAAGAGAGUAAGUCGAGAUACAAAAAAACCUGAAAAACAAACUCCCGAUGCUAACUAGAGAAACAUAAAAGCACAAUACGGAACAUCAAAGUGUCUCACAAAUAGUUCAGGGAAAGCAGCGUUUUAUCAGUCCAUGAAAAUUUUUUUUUGCCUGAAGUUAAAUUCAGUACGAUGAAUAAACCCCUUUGGGGUUCUGUGCAAUUUAGUGAGUAAUGGAGAUAGAAACAUUCUUGUGGGUAGAUCAGUUUAUCCUUGUUCUUUAAAGACAUACCAUUUAUUCCCCUAUAAUCUCUAAAAUUGAUUAUUUUACAUACAGGCUCAUUACACAAUUCCUACAAAGGCCUUUUUAUUGUACCUCUGCUUUCCAUCAGAGUCCUGUAACACUGACAAAAGCACCAUUACACCACCAUCAUUGGGUCUCAUUUAGUAAAAUAUGAAACUGAAUUAAACUACUACAACUACUGACCUUAUAUUUCAGAGCAACACAUUGUUAGGUAAUAGCUGUUUCUGUACACAAAAGAACACUUGCAUGUAAACCUAAGUAAAUGAGACCUAAUGUUUUAAGUCAGGGAUACUGUACAGGGAGCCGGUUGUUAUCGCUGAAAUAAUUGCAUUAUUUCGCAAAAACAGCCGGCUGAUGGUACAUUAUCCCACUUAUUACACGGCUACUUGACGCAUUUGAAAUGUGAAUUUGAAAUAUUUAAUUAGCUCAUUUUUACCAAAUGCACACCUUUCACGAGGAAAAGCCGUUCACUUUUGGUUUAAAUGUUAGAAACGACGUUCAAAUGUCACGAACAGGCAAUUUGCAUUUAAUCAUUUGUAAAUAUAAUGUCAUAUAUGUUAUAAAAAGACAUAUUUAUAUUUAACUUGUCAAAAAAAAUGUCCAAAUGUUUAGCUGCAUCCGGUUUACCGUGUGUUGAGAGGUUGUUAUCUGGGAAUAACGAACCUGCAAAUCUCGCGACUGGCCAAAUCAGAAUCAUGCAUUCCAACAAGCCGUGUAAUAAGAAGUGCUUCAGGUGUUAUCAGCUAACUCAAGGUUUUAAUGAAUGAUCUAGGAACGUUUGAUCUGGAACGUUUGCUUUCUGUGUCACAUCUAAAAAGUGUAACCCCAUUUGUCCAGUCUGGUCAUAUGAAAUUUGCUGUCAGAUUCUCAGAGCACAUACUGACACAUGGAAAUAAAGCACCGUCGGUGCUCCAGGUUUUGCCCAGUGCAGGGAGUCUGGUCUGCCCUGCUGCUGAACUGUGCAGUGGUCUCAAAGCUCUCUGCUCUCCUCCCCCUGAGGUGUCGAUCUGGACUGAGCUUCCUAAUCUCCUGCAGCUUAACUAAACUACUGUCUGGACCGGAGCACACACAGACACAUCCUCCCUCCCUCCCUCCCUCCCUCACAGAUGCGUGAAAUUGCUUAAGUGGGAUUCAUUUGUUUGUUUUUGUUUCAUUUCUUGUUUUUGUUUUACUCGUUUAUUCUUUUGUUUGAUCUAUUUGUUGUGCUUCAUUUUUUGUUUUGUUUCUCAUUUUUGUUUUUCUUCGUUUUUUUCUAUCCUUUUAUCUUCCUUCCAUCCACCCCUCUUUCUUAUUCGCAAAUCCUUAAGCACCUCAGCAAAAGAUCAAAUAAUUUUCUUCCCCUCCUCAUGGUAACACAAUAUUUAAUUGAAGCCUCAUAACCCCCUCACCUAUAGCUAACAUCAAAACAUUAAGUGUUCUCCUGGCGCUCUACAAAGGGAGUUUGCUUAUUAGUGCAUGUGCGCUAAACUGCUGUUCAAAACAAUGUUAAACAACUUACAUGUUUUUUUACAAGGACGUGGCAUUACAAAUUAAUGUUUUUUAUUUCUAUCAAGUAGCAGUAUCAUAUCGAAAGCAACUUACACUCAAAGCUGGCUGCCAAUCUGUUUAUUCUUGUAUAGAGUCCCGACAGGAAUAGAUACAUUUCAUUCAAGGGAAACGCCUCCAAAACAACUCAGAACUCUCCCUCUGACUGCAGAAAGAGGGAUAAGACACUGUCACGCACUGCUGGGCGUUGCCAAGGCGAGGAUAAAAGUGGAGGAACUCUUCAGUUGUCAUAGCGACAGGGUCCUUGGCUGGCCUUUCGGGCUUGGACAGAGCAUCGGACACCUGGUCGAUCCUCAGAACCAGAACUGAGCAAGUGGGCUCUAAGCAGCAAACUGUGUGAUGAAACAUGUACUGAAUAGACAUAUACCGCACAUAAAUAUAUAAAUAAAUGAAUAAAUAUAUAUAUACAGUAUAUAUACAAUAAUCGAACUCUUGGGAAUCCUAUGAAGCUGUAUUACAUGUCAGACAUACAGUGGACUUUUCUCUGAUCUGAGGCUUAUCUGUUUAUUUCUCUAUUUUUUACAUUGUUUAUUUUACGUGUGUGUCAUAUUGAUAUAGUGUAUGGAUGACAAUGGUGGCAUUUAUUGUGGUUUACUGACAUCUGACAAAAAAACUGAAUAAAUUAGAAGGAAAGCACUGAGCUUGGCUGCCGAGCUCAGAGGGCUGAAGUGACUGCCGUCUCAUGUCUCGUCUUGUUUUGAAUGGUGAUUGACAUAGCGGGUGACAUGAGCAUGACAUGAAAGCCUAUGUUAUCUAUCUAUUUGCAUUCUUGUACUCUGUGCCCGUGGCAAGAAACAGUGAAAUAGGAGGCAAUAGUCCACAGGGACACAGAGAGAGAUAACAGAGUAACUGAAACAUUGCAUUCUAUACAAUAAACCUCACUUUACAUACAGUACUAUCAACAUGAACUCAAAUGUCUACUCCUCACUGUUUGUUUCUUUUUCAUUCAUCUGUUUUUUCUUCUUUUUGUUCAUUCUGUUUUAUUUCUCUGCCUUUUCUUCUAUUCUAUUUUUCUCUGUCUGUCUGUUUUUUCUUAAAAAUAUUUUUCUUUCCUUUCUUGCUUCAUUUAAUUUUUACUCUUUUCUUUCCCAUUCAUGUUUUCUUCUGUCCUCCACAUUUCUUUACCUUCUAUUAUUUGUCUUUCUUUCAUCUACUAUACCUACUUUCCCGCUUUUCGUCUUACUUUCUCUAUAGUUUUGCAUCCAUAAUGUGCAUUAAAUCUGUCCAGAAUCAUCAUUAAAUUGGACUUUAUAUAGCAUGCAGAUGAGCUUAAACAGGCAAAGAAUGAUGUCGUCGUAAAGCAGAUCAAUUACAAUCUUGUAGCUGACAGCGACCUCAGCCCCUCCCUUCAUCACACCCCCCCCAGUCUUUUUGUUUCAUCAUCCCUCUUCCCAAUCCAGUCUCUGGUGCAGCCUGCCUGAGGAUAACCUUGCAGAUAGUGAUGAAGCUGCUCUAAUUUAAGCUGCGCUCCCUCUCAACCCCACGGUAAUAGUGUAAUUCAAAGCAAACCGGUGGUGGUGCCCCACUGUACAGCGAGAGAGAAUAAAACAGACAGAAAAUGCAGAUGAAAGAGUGUGAAUGGUAAAAGUGAAUAAUAAAAGUUGAUGAUGGAGUUGAACAAAACUAUUGGACAAAAAGACAGGGCUGUUAAACAUGUCAACAAGCUAAUCAAGUUAAUAGAUAAUUGCCCUGUAUAUCGAUGCUUAUAAUGACGGUUUCAUUUGACGCACACGCCUGGCCCGAAGUAAACUUCCGGUCUGUGUUUGGUUAUUGG